UGUUUCAGAAGGUGGAACUUGUUGAAGGAGAUGGCUGCUGGGCAUCUUGAGCAUGAGCUUGAGUUGGGCGUGCCGGCGAGCGAGGCGUGGGACCUUUUUGGCACGCUGCGACUCGGAGAAUUUUUUGAGAAAGAGAUGCCAAGUUUGUUUCAGAAGGUGGAGCUUGUUGAAGGAGAUGGAGGAAUUGGAACUGUCCUCAAAUUGACAUUCGUACCUGGUACACUGGGGCCAACCUGUUACAAAGAGAAGUUCACAAAGGUUGACAAUGAGAACCGAAUAAAGGAAAUUGAGGUAAUUGAAGGAGGAUAUUUGGAAUUAGGGUUUACUCUGUUUAGGGGUCGCUUCCACAUAAUGGAGAAAGGUAAAGAUUCAAGCACUGUGAAAUCAACAGUUGAGUAUGAACUCAAGCAAGAGGCUUCUGAGAAUGGCUCUAUUGCUUCCAAUGCCAUUCAAGCUCUGGCCAACAUUGCUCAAGUUGCCAAACAACAUCUCAACAGAAACAAACUUGCAGAUCCACCAAAAUAAACUACAUGUGUGUGUAUUUAGGAUAAAACUUCCUUUAUCUUAUGAGAUUUGAAUUCAAUACAUGUGUAGCUUUAAUUAACUUUUUUUUACACAUAUUUAUGGGUUAAUAUCAUUUUAGUUUUUAAAAUUUGAUGUCAUUUUGGUUUUAAUCCAAAAAUUUGACUUUAUUUUGAUCCUUCUAAAGAUUUUUUUUAUCCCUGAAAUAGUAUUUUUCUUUUGUCUCUAAAACUUUGAUUCAAGGAUCAAAAUCACUGGUUUCAAAUUUCAAAAAAUCUAAUUAAAAUGAGAUCAAAUUUUGGGAACUAAAAAUAUUAUUAUCCUUAUAUCUAUGGAUGGAUUCUAUGUAGCAAAAUAAUCAUAGUGUGUGCACUUGUUUUUUGUGUGUCGGCACGUAAAAUUAUCCGAAAUUAUUGUGUGUUUUUGUGAUUUGACUUGAAUUAUUCGGCUUGCCAUUUAAUUAAAACAUGUGAUUUGAUA